AUGGGUGACAGUGUCAGCUCAGGCAGUGACGGUACAGACUCUGAUGUCGGAUCUCCAGCACAGCAAGGUUGUGUGUUAUCCCCGGGGACCGAUGGGUCUGAUUCAGAUUUCUUCUCCGACCUGAAUGACUGUUCCUCAGACAGCCUGUCGCCUCCUCUUGCCUACACCGGGAGCUUCUACACUGAGCCAUUACCGGGCACGGUGCCACCCUGCAGCACAGAAGCCCUGCUCAACAUGAUCACGGAGAUAGUUGGGAUCUGCACGGUGGAGGACCCGGCGAACAGCGAGACUCCGUCUGCCUCCCUCCCCGUCUCUGCCACACCCUGCUCGGCCAUCAGCGUUGCCUCUCCCCCUAUUUACUCUCCCUCCAUGGAGUCUGUCUCCAGCGGAUACUGGAGUCAGGAUCUGACCGAGAUUCCUUCUCCUUCUUCCGGGGUGGAUAUUCAGACUCCCACCGCUGCCCCUGUGGUGGUCAAGAACGAGUUCAACAGCAGCUGCGACAACGACCACUUCUCCCACCCUGGUCAGGAUGCCUUCUCCCCGGGUAGCUUGGAGCAGCUGUUCCCGCUGUCUGGUCAGUCUCUGGACCAGGUAGAUGUAAAGGAGCUUCUGGACUCUCUGCUGCUAACUGACAUUAAGACAGAGUGUAUCAUCAAACAGGAGCCGUGCUACGUGGGAGACUGGGCUCAGAAUGUACCUGUUAACGGGAGCUACGCCAACGAUAGCUUUCUGGUCAAAACGGAGCCUCUAGAGUUCCAGACUGGGGCCUCAGGGCCGCAGCAGCUGGACGCAUGUAGCGACCUGGCGGCCUUCACCGCCUCUCUCUCCUCCUCCUCCCUGGAUGCCAUCCUCUCCUCCCUGCUGCCCAGCGUGUUCCCGAGGAGCAGGGGCGUGCACGCCACCGCUGGAGCAAAUAAACGCCCGUUCCCGUGUCCAAUAAUCGGCUGUGAGAGGCGUUUCUCACGCUCCGACGAGCUCAACCGCCACGUGCGCAUCCACACGGGCCACAAGCCGUUCCAGUGCACCUGCCUGCGCAGUUUCAGCAGGAGCGACCACCUGACCACGCACACGCGCACGCACACUGGAGAGAAACCUUUCUCUUGCGAGGUGUGCGGGAAGCGGUUCGCGCGCAGCGACGAGAGGAAGAGGCACGGACGUGUGCACGUGAAGCAGCAGCUGAAAGCUCAGAUGAUGGCAGCCUAUCAUCUGGCUUUCCCCGGUGGAGUUUGAACUGAACUCUAACUCUCUAAAGCUGGGCUUCGUGGCCCUGAGUUUAAACCUGCUCUUUAGAAGGCUUCUGUUUGGUUCUACUGGCUUCGGUUGGUUCUACUGGCUUCGGUUGGUUCUACUGGCUUCGGUUGGUUCCAUCUGCCUGCUAACGUUGGCUAUUGGCCCGGUUCAGUUGGAGGUGUUGACUUCAAAACGGGCCAUCGGUUGAAAAAUGGUGGAAAAGUUUCAACGGGAGAAAGAAAAUAAUCUCGUCUUGUCGGUUGGACGUGGAACUAUUUUAGAACUUCUCUGGUACGUUGUCGUUGACAUUAUAUCUGUCUGUUUGACUAUAUGUUGUGCUAAACAGCGGAGAACAGAAACCGUUGAACUACGAGAGGAUUCGUUGGUUUCAGCACCUCUGUGAGUGGACAGCUCCUUGUCUGUCAAUCCGAACAGACUGAAACAUACAGCACACGUUUUGUCACUCGACAGUUCUGAUUGUAAACUGGUACAGUUGUCAGAGUUUGAGUUUUUUUGUGCAACAUUGCAUGAUAUAGUUUUACAUUGAUGUGUUGAUGUAUAUUUUAUUAUAUAAAUCUCUAAUGUUAGGAGUUGAA